CUUGCCCCAAGAAACGUUCUUAUUACUUUUGACAAAGAAGAAGACUACUUACGGCUAUGGCUGAAACAGACAUGGUUAGUCAAUGGGAUUGUCCUAAGAAUCACUAAAUGGACCACAAACUUUCAACCAGGAAAGGAAUCCCCCAUCACACCAACGUGGAUCAACCUCCCUGGAUUACCGGUUCACCUACAAGACAGAAUAGCUCUUCUGUCUAUCGCUAACAUCAUUGGCAAACCUCUACUACUUGACCCAGGUGAGAACUACAGAACACAACGAACUUAGACAAACUCUGUUUGUAUGGUGGAUGGGGGGCAAAGAAGGUAACACAAGGGAUACUAUCAGACAGGCACUACCAGGCAUCAUUCUCUGGCACAUUUGGAAGGCCUACAAUGCAUAUAUCUGGGACGGUAAACAAUUUUCAAAGAGUCAAACAAUAUCCCAGAUUAAAGAUUACACAACGAAAUGGAUCUACGCCAAUCAACACAAAUCAUGCAUCAAUUUUGACAAAGAAAUACACUCAGAUGGCCUAAUGCCUAUCAUCCACAAAAAAAAAUCAAAGUCUCAGUUUCUAAAGUGGAAGACGAGCUCACCUCCCCAGUUGAUCCUCAACACUGACGCAGCAUUCAGAAACGCGAAAAGUGCAGGAGGAGCUAUCUUGAGAAAUGAGUUGGGGAUCCUACAGCGAGCCUAUGCCUUCCCACUGACAGCUUCAAACCCACUACACGCUGAAACGUUGGCUUCAAUCUCCUCCAUACACACAUUAAUUACUCAGGGUUACACAUCAUUCAAAGUUCAUACAGACUCGGAGAUAUUGGUCAAAACUAUCAACGGCUUUGCUACAAUACCUGAUUAUCUCAAAUCGGCGAUACGGACCUUAUACUGGCUGAGAACGGCUCACAACCUUUCAAUCUCCUACCGUCCGAGAGAAACGAACAGGGUUGCCCACCAUCUCGCUCAAUUAGGUCUCACCUCAGACAACCUUCAAACAUUUACAGCGGAUGAUCUUCCUCCCAGAGCCAAAAGAGCGUAUAAUGAAGACAGGGCUGGAGUGGCUUACUUCAGAGACGCUGGUUGAAUGGACGGAAUCACUCUUCUCCGCCGGCACUAAUUCUCUUUUUUUGGACGCUAGUUUUCUCUACAUGGACCCCAGGAACCAUUUCGCAGCCCAUUUUGACCAUUUUAAAAUUGUCCAUUUUAUGUUUUCACAGGGAAACGCAUUUAGAUUCCUUCAGCGAACAACUUCGGUUCUGCACAUUCUGUAAUUGUCAUCCAUUUUCAAUAAAAUUUUGGUAAAUGUUACCCGACAUUUAUCACACCCAACUCUGGGUGGUUCUCGGGCAAAAAAAAAAGUAGAUAAUUAAUACGUAGUAUAUAAGUACAUAUAAUAAUUGUAUAAGUAUUAAAUAGUAAAAUAAAAUAUAAUGGAGAAUAAGAGAAUUUGAGAAUAUGGAGAUGAGUAAAGAGUAGAGAGUAGGAACGUAGGAUUUAGAAAAGGUUAGAGAAGAGGUGUGGAAAAAUGUUUAAAAUUAG